AGGACACAGAAAAAAGCUCAUUACUAUGACGUCUUACUUCAUGUGAUAAACAUGUAAUAUUCGAACGUUGGGGUAAUACCAACAUCAUCAACAUCGUCACGACCAAUAGCACGAAUUACUACGCUGACGAGCUGCGGUCUUUCGCACUUGACCUGUAUUUGUCUUCAUUCUGGUCGACAACCUGACGGGAUAAUGCCACCACCAUCACCACUACCAUCAUCAUCUUCAUCAUCAUCGUCAACAUCAUCAUCGUCACCACCAUUCGGUGGCGAAAAAGAGACGGUCGGCGAGGCCACGUCGUUGUUGGCUAUUGUCGUUUGUGGGCUGACGUUCAACAUUAUGGUCAUCGCCGUCUUCGCCAACAGCAAAUCGCUGCGUAGCAACAACCACAACUUCUUGUUGAUGAACCUCAUCGUGUACGACCUCCUCUUCAUCGUGAUCUCCAUGUCAGUCUCGCUCGUGGACGUUUUGUGCUCGCUCAAAUGCGCGCACGUCAUUAGAGUAGGAGAUUUUUGUAAGGCAACGGGAUUCUUCACGACAUUUCAGGGUGCCAUGUCCUCCUUCACGUUGGCAGCCAUCGCAAUAGACCGGUUCAUGAUUGUGGUCCACCCGAACAUUCCAUCAUUGAGCGAUACGAAAAAGUCCGUCUUUGUGACAAUACUUCUGAUAUGGUUGUGCGCCAUCUUGGUGGCGACUCCACCAUUUAUAUUCCCCGAGUCCGUGACCAUCGUGUUUCGUCUCGGCACGCGCCACUGUUCGCCGUCGCUGAAGACGAGCUGCUGGUACUACUGGUUCAUCGUCACUCUGUGCAUGACGUCCGUGGUGGUGGCGAUGAUCAUCUGCUACCGGAAGAUCGUCGUCGAGGUCAGGCGGCAGACGUUCAAACACAGGCGCAGGUACGUCCCCAGAGCUCCGAUAUCGGACGGUGAGGAGCAGUCCGGGGACGGGACUGCAGACACCGCGGAUACGGAAACAAACGAAUUGGCCAUGCCGAUGAGGCCGAAGCCCCCAAUUCAGAUGAAGAGGAAAAGGCUGCAUAAAACAGUAACGAAGCGAGGAAUUUUACUGAUACUAGCGUAUUUACUUUGCUGGCUGCCGUACACGGUACAGCAUGGGUGCCCGGCGCUGUUUUCGGUCCCGUACUGGUUGGAGAUCUCAGGGAUGUGGCUGGUGUACUCGCUCGUCGUCAUCAACCCCAUCAUUUACGUCUUCAACAACAGGGAGUUCAUGAAAGAACUCAAAAGACUGACGAAAAUUCACAGUUUUCGCAGACACUGUUGGCCCGUACAGUCUACUACAGUUGAGAGAUCGGACGUCUAACAAACUAGUCCGCCAUUUGUAGUUCCUGCAGUCAUCUGCCAUUAUUGUGUGAUAGGUUUAGUUUAAAAAAAAAAAAAAUCCACAACACCACGAAAUUACGAAGAUGUAUGAAACAGUUCAGAAUAGAUCGAAAUACUCCUCCCUGCGCAUUCUGAAUCAAAAAUAUUGAUAGUAAAUCUUAAGGUAGUCAUCAAUAAUUUUACUUGUAGAAUGCUGGACAUCUAAUUUUCAACAUUUUACGGGGAAGCAUACCCGCGAGCCCCCUAGAAACUUCGUUUUGCACCCUCGGUCUGUCAACCCCCCCCCCCCCCCCCUCCCCAAUGUCUACUUGCUUCCGCCGUGCCUGUACGCGUCUGAAUUGUUUAGGAAGCUAUACACUUCGUUAUGUUCAACCACAUGAGAGAGAGAGAGAGAGAGAGAGAGAGAGAGAGAGAGAGAGAGAGAGAGAGAGAGAGAGAGAGAGAGAGAGAGAGAGAGAGAGAGAGAGAGAGAGAGACACACACACACAGAGACAGAGACAGAGUUAGAGAGACAGAGAGAGGGAGAGAGAGAACGAGAGAGAGAGAGAGAGAUGUGGGGGGGGGGGUGAGUUAAGUUUUAAACUGGCGGUAAUUCGAGAUAGGGUGUGUGUAUGCAUUACCGUCUCGUUUUUGGUAGUAGUGUUUGUGUGUGUGUGUGUGUGCGCGCGCGCGUGUUAUUGCAAUUGUUUUGUGACACAGAACAUGACGAACGUGAGAUUAGUUUAUAGUAGCUGUUUUCUUUUUUUGACAAAGUAGGACAGACAGUUUUGAAGUUAGAAGAUUUACACAAAUGUUUGGGUGAGGGAUCUUGGAUGAUUGAAUUAAAUAUUUUGGACGGAACGAAAUUCAAAUAAAAAAUGUCGUUUGUU